AUGUCCGACGACGGCUACGGAGGCGGCGGGGCAGGGGACGACUACGACUACGACGGCCCUGGGUACCAAGAAGAUGCCAUCGAUGAGCAAUAUGAUCUUCUCGCGAACGACCUUGGUGAGGGCGAACCAGGCCGUGAAGGUGAAGGCGCGAAUGGCGUAGAGGGGGCCCAAGUCAAUGGUGUCAAUGGUGGGGAACACGACCAGGAGAUGGCAGGCGGGGACGGGCCGCAAGAAGCAAAUGGAGGGGGAGGAGGUGCCGGACUGACUGGAGAACGGCAACCCAACAAAGUGCGCAUCACGACACCAUACCUCACAAAAUACGAGCGUGCUCGAAUACUGGGCACCAGGGCUCUGCAGAUAAGCAUGAACGCCCCGGUACUUGUUCCCCUGGACGGUGAAACAGACGCUCUCGAAAUCGCCAUAAAAGAACUAUCCCAACGGAAAAUCCCCCUCAUCAUACGUCGUUACCUUCCAGACGGCAGUUUCGAGGACUGGAGCGUAUCCGAGCUUAUCACUGAUUGA